CCCCUGGAAAGAAAAAUCCCGAUUUUCCCCUUCCUCCUCCAAGCUCUGCCCGCAGCUCUGCACAUCCCAGGGCUGGAAUUGCACCACGUCCCCAACCUUGGGGACAUCCCCUGUGCCCUGGGACCUCCUGAUGGCCCUGUCCUGCUGUCCCCACAGCACUGGGAGCUGCUGGUGCUGGAGAAGCUCAAGUGGGACCUGGUGUCGGUGAUCGCCAACGAUUUCCUGCCGCACAUCCUGCACCGGCUGCCGCUGCCCGCCGGCAAGGCAGAGCUGGUGAAGAAGCACGCCCAGACCUUCAUCGCCCUCUGUGCCACAGACGACACCUUUCUGAUGUACCCUCCCUCCAUGGUGGCCACGGGCAGCAUCGGCGCCGCCAUCCACGGCCUGAGCCUGGCCCCGAGCGGCCUCGGCGGCGACGCCGUCACGGAGCUGCUGGCCGGGAUCACGGGCACCGAGGUGGACUGCCUGAAGGCCUGUCAGGAGCAGAUCGAGGCGGCCCUGGCCGAGAGCCUGAAGCAGGCGUCCCAAUCCCAGCAGGAAUUCAGCGCCAAGGCGGCGGCGUACGGGGGCAGCCAGCCCACGGGCACCCCCACGGACGUCACCGACGUCAACCUGUGACCAGCCACCCUUCCCUGGGGGCUCCGGGCCCUCCCUGAGCACCCCCAGCCCCCUGCGUCCCCCCCUGCCCGCCCAGCGCCUCCGAGGGGCCCUUCCCAAGCCGGGGGGGGAGCGGCCGAGGUGGGCACGGGGAGCAGGAGCCUGGAUCAAGUUUGGAAUUGUUUCUGUGUUGGUGUUCCCCGGCUCUCCGGGGCGUUCAGGGCAGCCCCGUGAGGGACAAGAAUCAGGGAGAGCCGAACCCUGCAGGACCCGAAUCCUCCUCGCCCCCUCGGGGCUCGUGGAGCAGCUGCUUGGUGGCCCCUCGGCGCCGAUUGCUUCGUGCCACGUCCCCAGAGCUCCGGGGGAGGUUGUGCAGCUGCUUCUGCUUGGAGAGGACUGGCGGGGCUUGUUUGUUUUUUGCUGUUGGAUGUGGGAAUUCGGGCCGUGCCUCGGGAGGAGCGCGGGGUCCCCUCGGCUUUUCCGCCGGCCCACGGAGGCUGCUUAAUUUAUUGUUCACUGCUGGGAAAUGGGGAGGGAGCAGAGCUGGCGUUCCUCGGGGUCUGGAUGCCGCUCUCCUCUCCUUCCCCAAAAAAAUAAAAGUGCCUUCCCCCUUUUGCCCCUUCCCUGGCUCCCCGGGCAGUGGGAGGCUCUCCUCGGAGGCUGGGUGGUCCUUGGGUAGCUUAGGCAUCAGAUUUAAGGAAAACCUUUGAAUGUGCUGCUAUAGUCUGGGCUGCAUCAUCUGCACUCUUCCAGGGCAGGGAUUUCGGAUCACGCUCAGGAGGGGGCUGCGUUCACCCACGCGGAUCCCGAGCUGCCUCCUGAGAGAGGGUGGAAAACUGCUGCGCACUUGAGUUGGGAAAGCAAUUACUGCGAUUAUUUUGUAUUGUUGUUGUUGAUCCUGUUAGUUUUUUAUAAAAAUUGUUGUAAAACAGGAAAAAAAAAACCAAAAAAACAAUGCUGCUUUUCUAUGAGAAAACCUUUACAGAGUGGAAGAAUUAACCAGGAGACUCCACAGGGAUGGGAGGCAGAUGCUGCUGCUGCUGCUUGGGGACCUCUGGCUGCUGUCCUCCCACGGGGGAUGUGGAAAAGGAGGUGGAAAUCUUCCUUUCUGCAUGCCAGCAGCCACACAAAAAUCCGGCGGAAAAAGGUGGGGCUGCUGCUCCUCCCUGAGCCUGCCUGGUCCGGAAACCCACGGAGCCGCUGCCUCCUGCGAGCAGGAGGGCAGGGACAGCCUGGCUGUGCAAAAGGAAAUGCGUUUCUUUCUUUUUUAUAUAUAUAUAUAUAAAUGAGGUUUUUAAUUUAAGAGUAAAUUGGUUUUGGUGUUCACUCGCACGAGUCCCGCUGCUGGGAGAGCCAGAGAACCCCGUGAUGUUGCAAUAAAAUAUUUUAAACAAAAAAACAAAACUGGCAGCUCGAGGGUUUCCCUUGCGCCGUUCCCAGGGUGGGGCUGGGAUCUGGGGAUCCCUUGGGAGCUCCAGCCCUGCUUGUGGAGGGCUGGAGAGGGCAGGCAGGACCCAAAGGACACCCGGGGCAGCUCAGGGGUGGUGAUGGAGCCCAGCACCUUCUCCCAGCAGCCUGGAGGGCACUGGAGCAGCUCAAGUGGUGGCAGGAGAGGGCCUCAGUGCCUCUCGUGCUCGUCAGGCCCUGGCUGCUUCAAAAUGAGAUAAAUCAGGAAGUCACAGAGGCUGCGGCGUGUGGGGACCCAGCUCCUGCCCCUGCCAGCAGAGGUGACAGCAGGCAGGGCUGGGCACGGCUCAGGCGCAGCUGGGGCUCCUCUCCGUGGCCCAAAGCUGCACGGCACAGUGACAAUGACAGUGGCAGUGACAGUGGCAGCAGGGCCCGGGGAGGUGCAGCCUCCUGGAAAAGCCCCUUUGGGUUUUCCAGCAGAGGUGGCACUUGGGUGACAGGAGCAGGCCAGGCAGGUGGCCUCGUGGCCAGGUGAGGCCCUGUGGCUUCAAGAAGUAAACCCUGGGGGGACUUUGAGUGUUUGGGAAGAUCCCUGGGCAAGGAGUUCCAGCAGCUGGUGGGGACAGGGACAGGCUGGGAGCAGCCCUGGCUGAUGGACACAGCUCUGGUUUUAUUUCCAAAUACAGGAACGAGCCAAAGUGUCCCAGUGCUGGUGGCACCGGGCUCCUGAGGGGG